AUGGGGGAAAUAAGAGGUCCGCCCAGGGAGAGCCCCCUGUCCCUGGCUUCAUCGAACAUCCAGAGAUUCGGUCUCUGCGAUCCUGAGGAAACGGCGACGGAGAUAUUUUCCGACAGAGCGACGUUGGUGGCGCCUCAUGAUCAAUAUGAUGAUAUAGACCCAGUGAUCACCGUUUAUUAUAACGUGACGCUACAAGAAAAUGUGGAUUACCAUUGCAUAAUUUUUCAAGCGAAGAAAGAACUUAACAUUCCUGGGACGCCACUCAUCAAGGUCCGUCGUAUGUGUCCGGAUCGUGAGAACUCUUGCACCAGCCAAGGAGGAAGACGUCAAGCCUUAUAUUAUUAUGUAAUGAUUAAGUUCAAACAUAUUUGCACGUUCAGCGUGAAUGCUUAUGCAUUUUCUUCGUCCUGCGGCAUCGACAACUCUCCAACAACGCACGUGCACGAAGGCUUGACCACGAUAGAGACUUAUCCAUGGCUCGGCUUCCUCUAUUACCAACAACAUAAUAAAAUGUGGACGACAGCAGUGGUGCUCGUCACCAAGCAAAUAGCGCUCGCCACAGCCGAUGAAGUUGACAAAAUACCCAAACAUAACUUCAGAAGUAAUCCACAAUUUAUGCCCAGGUCCCAAGCGAGAGUGGUGAUCGGUAACAACUGUUCGGGACCAAGCUAUGGCGUAAGCGACUACAACUACCAUCCGGACUUCUCCUCAGAAAAGUUCAGCACUCUCGCCAUGAUACAGCUGGACAUUGAGGGCGUCCAACCGAUUGAAAAGUUGCGACCAAUUUGUCCGCCUCCAACUCAUUUUAAAGAUCAAGAAUUUUACGCAAUGGUGUUGUCUGAUAGAUGCAGUAAAUCCAGAAUUAGAAUACACAAAAUGAAAUAUGUGGCGCCUGAACAAUGCAAAUCUUAUUACAGGCGAAGUGGGGUUGACGUCGAGGCGACGUGGCCCUCCUUUACGGCGUGUGCGCAGAGUACAAGAGGAGGAAACUGCGUGUGGCGGAGUGGUGCUAUACUUGUGGUCAAAGUGGGACGCCGUUGGAGACUGUUGGGCUUUGGUAUCUACGGUCCUGGUUGUCAGUCACCAGCGAGGUUCAUGGACUAUGGCAAAUACCACGAAUGGGUGACGGGCAACGUCGAAAGGAUGGGCAAGCCUGCCAUUACCACGGUCGCGGAUAACUACAUCAUCAUGAGGAGAAACGGAUUACCUGAUGGUAAGCAAUCGGCGCCGCCCAUGGACACUCACAAUACUAAAGAAGUUACGAGUGCAUUUGCAUGCACAUGCAUGUCCGGCCAACUCCAGCGGUUUGGUCAUUGCGAUAGCGAGGAGCAAAAGCAUGAGGCAUACACUGACUAUACGCAUGUCAGAAGUGGAAAAGGAAUCUUCAAUUAUAAUAUCUCCUUGUAUGGCGAUGCCGACUAUCCUUGCAUUGAGUUCAAAGCGAACCACAUGCUCACAGCUGGAAAAACACCUAAGAUACGUUUACGCCAAUGGUGCCUUAGAGAUUACGUAGAUCUGGAUUCAUAUGCUGACAAAAUAAGAGGAUUAAUAUGCUUUAAUGGAUUUCAAUACGGGGAGGCACAUUUUAAUGUAGAAGUAACUUAUGAAAGUGAAUUAUAUUUUUACGUAACCAUCUACAGAAGUUCAUAUGUAAAGGUUUUAGAGCCCAAAAAGAUGUUGGCUCAUAUGAAUACAAUAUGGCAAUACCCGACUAUACCUUCUGCAGAAGACACCUUUGAUCAAUACCAAACAUUACUAGGAGAUCCAAAGAAUCCUUGGUUCUUGACAAAUGAGGAUGUGGACAAUAUUCUUGGUAUUACAACAACAACGACGACGACGACGACGACGACGACGACAACAACAACAACAACAACAACAACAACAACGACAACAGAAUUAAGUUUAGAAUUUAUAAACCUCACUUUUCCUGAUAACUUCACUUUCUAUCCAGAAUACCGAAGGACCUACAAAACGAAAGGAAAGAAAUAA